AUGACUGAUAACGAAUCCCAAAAUGGUCCGGCUGGGGACCAGCCCCAGGAAAAAACAGCAAAACAACUUGAGAAAGAAGCGAAAAAGGCAGCGAAGCUAGAGAAACUUAAAGCAAAAUUGGACAAAAAAUCUUCUGCGCCAGCUGGGCAGAAAGAUAAGCCAGAGAAAAAAACAAAAGAAGUAAAAGAGAGUGCUGUGUACACAGCGAAUACUGCACCAGGUGAUAAGAAAGAUCUAUCGGGAGUUAUGCCGGACUCAUACAGUCCGAGGUUUGUGGAGGCCGCGUGGUAUUCAUGGUGGGAGAAGCAGGGAUUCUUUAAACCUGAAUAUGGGAGGAAUUCUGUAUUAGAUCCAAAUCCCAAGGGCAAGUUUGUGAUGGUGAUCCCACCGCCAAAUGUUACAGGCACACUGCAUCUUGGACAUGCUUUAACAAAUUCCGUGGAAGACGCUAUCACUAGAUGGCACAGGAUGAAUGGUCGCACAACACUCUGGAAUCCAGGCUGCGAUCACGCUGGUAUCGCAACUCAAGUGGUUGUAGAAAAGAAGCUUUGGAGAGAGGAAAAGAAAACUCGGCAUGAGCUUGGAAGAGACGAGUUCAUUAAGAGAGUGUGGGAGUGGAAAGAUGAAAAAGGUGUCAGGAUCUAUGAACAACUCCGGUCUCUCGGUUCAUCUUUGGACUGGAGUCGUGUUCGUUUCACCAUGGACCCUUCAAUGAGUAGGGCUGUCAAUGAGGCGUUCAUACGUUUACACGACAGUGGCGACAUCUACCGUGCGAACAGACUCGUCAACUGGUCAUGUGCUUUGAAAAGCGCUAUAUCUGACAUAGAAGUGGAUAAAAUUGAGCUGCCCGGAAGAACAUUCCUGGCUAUACCUGGUUAUGAUGCUAAGGUGGAAUUUGGUGUGCUGGUGUACUUCGCCUAUAGGGCUGAGGAUACUGAUGAAGAGAUAGUAGUGGCGACCACUAGAGUGGAGACUAUGCUGGGGGAUGUGGCUGUAGCUGUCAACCCUAACGACAUCAGAUACAAACACCUCAUCGGGAGGAACCUGCUCCAUCCGUUCAUCAAACGGAAACUUCCAGUGAUAGCUGAUGAAUAUGUAGACAUGAACUUUGGAACAGGUGCUGUUAAAAUAACUCCCGCCCACGAUCCGAACGACUACGAGAUCGGUAAGCGACACAAGCUGCCCUUCAUCACUGUGUUUGAUGAUGAGGGAAGAAUGACGGACAACUGUGGAUACUUUUCUGGAAAGAAGCGCUUUGAAGUUCGCCGCGAGAUAAUUCAGAGUCUCGAGCAUCUGAAGCUUUAUAAGGAGACCAAGGAUCAUGCUAUGGUGGUCCCUCUGUGCAGUCGCUCGAAGGAUGUAGUGGAACCAAUGCUUAGGCCACAGUGGUAUAUUCGUUGCGGCAACAUGGCAGCGGAAGCGAUAAAGGCUGUUAAGAGCGGACAGUUGAAGAUUAUACCGGAUGUUCACGAGAAGUUGUGGUACCACUGGAUGGACAACAUCCGGGACUGGUGCAUCUCCCGCCAGCUGUGGUGGGGACACAGGAUACCGGCUUACAAACUACUGGUCACUGAGGCGGUCCGUCCGCCGCGCUGUCGCCGUCGCCGCACUCGCAGCGGGAAGAGGAAGCGAGCCCGCGCCCGCGCUCUGCCGCCCCGUGAGGAAGAGUAUUGGGUGUCAGCGCACUCUGAGGAAGAAGCGAUUGAGAAAGCAUCAGCGAAACUUAAUAUUCCCGUUGAUGAGAUCAAAUUGACGAGAGAUGAAGAUGUAUUGGACACGUGGUUCUCAUCCGGACUAUUCCCAUUCGCUAUCUUCGGCUGGCCUGAUAACACUGAAGAUCUACAGGCUUUCUAUCCCGGUACACUACUGGAGACCGGUCACGAUAUUUUGUUCUUCUGGGUUGCCAGAAUGGUGUUCUUUGGUCAACGGCUGCUAGGAAAAUUGCCAUUUAAGGAAGUAUACCUCCACCCAAUGGUGCGUGAUGCUCACGGUCGUAAGAUGUCCAAGUCUCUGGGUAACGUGAUCGACCCAGUGGACGUGGUGAGAGGCAUCACGCUGGAACAGCUGCACCAACAGUUACUGGACUCGAACCUGGACCCUCGGGAAGUGGACCGUGCCAAGAAGGGACAGGCACAAGACUACCCCAACGGUAUACCGGAGUGUGGGACCGAUGCUUUGAGGUUCGCACUGUGCGCUAUGACCGCGGGUCGCGACCUCAACCUUGACAUCCAGCGGGUCCAAGGUUACCGCUUCUUCUGCAACAAGCUGUGGAACGCCACCAAGUUCGCUAUGAUGUACUUCCCACAGGACACCCUGUAUAAAUGUCACAUCUCCCCGCUCCCUUCCUCCCUUUCCCCUCUGGAUCUGUGGAUGUUGUCUCGCGUGUCGCUCGCCGUGCAGAAGGUUAACUCCGGUUUCCAGAACUACGACUUCCCAUCAGCUACAACACACUGCUACAACCUCUGGCUCUAUGAUCUGUGUGAUGUGUACUUGGAAUAUCUGAAACCGGUGUUUACUCAGGGCAGCCCUGAAGCCCAGAUUGCAGCCAGGCAGACUCUAUACACAACCUUAGAACUUGGAUUGAAGCUGCUAUCACCGUUCAUGCCCUUCAUCACCGAGGAACUCUACCAGAGACUGCCACGAGAAGAUAAAUCUUGUCCAUCUAUAUGUGUGGCAGAAUAUCCAACUGAUGAAACCACACCAUGGAGAAACGAAGAAUUAGAAGCGAAUGUAGAAACAGCUCUCAAAAUCGUUCACCUCAUUCGUUCAACUCGCUCCGAAUACAAUCUGACGAAUAAACAGCGAACAACUGUACAUGUGGUGACCGAAUUGAAUGAUGUCAAGGAAUUGUUCAGGAGCCUGCAAACACUCGCUAAUAGUGAACUAAGUGAUGAGGCCCCGCCUGUGGGAUGCUCUAUACUUACAGUGUCUGAUAAGAUUGAAGUGCAUUUGGUAUUGAAGAGACUCAUCGAUCCUCAAAAAGAAAUCACUAAAUUGGAGAAGAAGAAAGAAAAUCUGUCACAAACUAUAAACAAACUGCAGCAGGCCAUGGCGGCUGAAGAUUACACCGUCAAAGUCCCAGCCGAUGUUCAAAAACUUAACUCAGAAAAACUCAUCACCUCUCAAGGAGAAAUAGAAAGAUUACAAUCCGCGAUAGAAACAUUGAAACUUAUGUAA